AUGACCGACAACUUUCAGAACCUGACCCUGUUCUGUCUUGUUGAUGGAGAGGCUACCUCCAACGCGUUCUCUGUCAAGGUUCCUUCAAGUGGCACUGUCGAUGACCUCAAAGACGUAAUCAAGACCAAGAAGGCACCCAGAUUCGAUGAUGUUGCAGCGGAUGAGCUCACUCUUUGGCACGUCGAGCACCCCGUCAUUGCGGCCAACAAGCACCAGCCCGUUCUCCUGAACGCCAUUGAUUCUGCAACAGAGCUCGACCCGACCGACGACAUUGUUGACGUCUUUGCAGAGACACCACCGAAGAAGACCAUUCACAUCCUCGUCCAGCGCCCUCCCUCAUUUGUGCCGAGCCCUGCGAUUGGUGAGGAGCAGGUAGAAUCCUCAUUGACGGAACCUUCGAUGUCGGUGCCCCCGAGAUCGGUCACACCUUGGCCCGGUUUCUUGGAAAGCGUUCGCGGAAUGGAUCUCGAUCGAACCCCACGCUAUCCAAAACCUAAGUUUAGGGAUGACAGGAUAUUUCGAGUGGAGGAGGAGCUUCAUGAAAUAUUCGCACACGACAUUAAUGCAGUCGGACCUUUGACGCCUGGAACGCGAACCAGGAAAUUUAAUGUGCUUCAGAGUGGCAAACCUGACCUCGUGUGCAGGAGAACGCAGGGUUCUGCUGAUGAUCCGCAGCCAGUGAUGUUCCCGAUCGAAAUCAAAAGACCGAUUAUCUUUGAUUGCGACGACUUGGUAGUGCACUACAAUAGUCUGCCCUCCGAUCCUGCUGCCCGUCGCCGUUGGAAACACCCACUAAGCCAGACUCGUCCAACUCUGCUCCAGUGUUACCUAUGGGUUAUACGAGAGGCGCUUCAUGACGACUGGGUACAGGAUAUCCCAAGUGAUCAAGAAUUGGAGGUAUUUCUUCGAAAGUCCAACCCUCAACUCGACAACCGCGGACAUGACAACCAGCAGUACAAAGGAAGGAACCCCGUAAAGCGGAUCGAGUCGAUGCUAAGGCGCAAGACGCGAUCGGAAACCAGGGGUGUAAGUGACUCUCGGGUCACCCUGCCGGCAUUUGAAAAGCUUGAGCUUAUCGUGUACAAUGAUGAUGGUGCACAGACAUACAGGGCGUCGUGGCAGGGUUGCAAUGUUGUUGUGAAGAAAUGCGACAUUUGGCACCAGCCUUCGGUUGUAGAGGAGCUGAAGCACGAGGCAACUGUCUACCAGUACCUUGAGGAGCUUCAAGGGUCUGUCAUCCCCAGGCUGGAAAUCGCAGGAGUAUCAAACAGCUUGGAGGCGGUGUUGGUGACUGAUUUCAGAGGACACGAUAUCAGCCAGGGGCGCCUGGAAGACUCUGACAAGGAAACGAUCAGGAAGGCACUCUCAGCCAUCCACCGUCUGGGAGUACUUCAUGGAGACAUUCGGCCCCAAAACAUUCUCGUGGAGCGGGAUGGAUCCAUCAAGCGGUUCGUUCUCAUUGACUUUGGACGGUGUGAGUUCACCACUAAUAGGAAGAAGCUGCAGCAGGAAGCGGACAGCCUGAACUCAGUGCUGGGCUAG